AUGGAAAAUACAAGUCUAAACGUGGGCGUGGAGGGCGUUCUAGGGUCUGGUGCAAAAGGCAAAAAUGGACAGGGAACCAAGAGGAGAUGUGGGAUGGAUGGUAAAAUAAAUGCUUUGUCCAAGAUAAGUGAUAAUCCAUUUGAUGUUUUGUCACAAUCGCUGUACAAGAAGAAUGAGAUAAGCUGUAAGGAGGUUCCAUCAAAGCAGGAUCUGAUGGAGGACAGCAUAUUUGAAGAGCUUCUUCUGAAGGCCAAGACUGAGCCUAAGAAUGAAGAGAAAAAGUUAUGUUAUGGAAUAUUUACUUCGAUGGCCUUGGUGACUGACUCAGAAAUCCAGAUCCAAGAGAAGAGGAUGUACAAAUUCCCUUUUGAAGUUGAAACAAAGAAUGAUGGAUCCCAGCUCUUCGAGAAAAUGUAUUCGGAAUACCUGAUAGCAGCCAAGUCUGUAUUUAGGGAGUAUAAAAGGAGUAGCAUCAGGUUCUUCAUGAAGCUUAAAAACGACUUCUUAUUGUUUGAUUCAUACCUAAAGACUAGUUACGGAAUGAAGAAGGAACUUGUCAGAAACGAGAUCCGAUUCGAAGAAGAAGGGUCGUUCCUUAUUGUUAAGGGAAUAGAAGUGGCUCUGGUAUUUGAUUACAUAAUCAACAUCCCUAUAUCAUCAUCCUUUUGCAUACCCUUCAUUCUGUCUGAAAGCCAGUUUGAAAAUGGAAUUCUAUUUUCUGUGAAACUUGAAAGAAAGCGAGCUAUAAGGGAAGGAAAAAAGAUACUCUACUCAUACGAACUUCUUGGCCCAUUUUGGGCAGAUGAUUACAAGGAGCUGAUUCGUUUUCACACCAAGAUAAUCUGA